AUGAGCAGAGACACCAUUGGAAACAACGAAUUGACUGAAGAACAAAUUGCUGAAUUUAAGGAAGCCUUCUCUCUUUUUGAUAAGGACGGAGAUGGUACCAUUACUACAAGUGAAUUAGGAACAGUCAUGAGAUCGUUGGGACAAAACCCAACAGAGGCCGAACUCCACGAUAUGAUCAAUGAGGUUGAUGCCGAUGGUAACGGAACAAUUGAUUUUACAGAAUUUUUAACCAUGAUGGCCAAGAAGAUGAAGGAUACAGAUAACGAAGAAGAAAUCAAGGAAGCCUUCAAAGUUUUUGAUAAGGACGGAAACGGAUUCAUCUCUGCACAAGAGUUGAGACACGUGAUGUGCAACCUCGGAGAAAAACUUACAGACGAAGAAGUUGAUGAAAUGAUUAGAGAAGCCGAUAUUGAUGGAGACAAUCAAAUCAAUUACACUGAAUUUGUGAAGAUGAUGAUGCAAAAGUAA